CUACUACUUAUAUAUAAACUUAUAUAUAAGCCCUUUAUAGAUAAUAAAGAGAGAAAACAUAAGAAAAUGAAACUCAUCACCAUUUCAUUUUUGUCCAAGCUUUUGAUACUUCAAUAUAUCUCAGUUCAAUGCCUUUCUGCUCAGAAUUUUGAUUUCUUCUAUUUUAUUCAGCAGUGGCCAGGAGCAUAUUGUGAUUCAAAGCAGAGCUGCUGUUUUCCGAAAACCGGAAAACCUACGACAAAUUUUACAAUUUAUGGACUCAGACCUAACACCAAUGAUAAUUCAUCUCCUUCAAACUGUGAUACUAAAAGUGUUUUUGAUAAAUCUAAGAUCUCAGACCUCAUUAAGAACUUGGAAAAGAAUUGGCCAUCUUUGAGCUGUCCAAGUAACGAUGGUAUUAAGUUAUGGUCACAUGAAUGGAUGAAACAUGGUACUUGUUCAGAAUCUGAGCUUACUCAACAUAACUACUUUCAAACAGCUCUCAAACUCAAGCAAAAACUUAACCUCCUUCAGAUCCUUAAGAAUGCAGGGAUCGAACCAAAUGAUAAAUUUUACAACGUGGGCGAUUUUUUAGAUGCUAUACAACAAGCUACAGGGUUUCUCCCAGGAAUAGAAUGUAAUAGAGAUUCAACACAUAACAGUCAACUUUUAAAUGUUUACAUGUGUGUGGAAGUUUCUGGAUCAAAUUUCAUUGAGUGUCCUGGUGUUCCAAUGGGCACAUGUGGUGCUAAAAUACAAUUCGCCAAGUUUUAAGAGAAUUUGUUUUUGUUAAACAUAACAUGGUUUAAUUUGUAUUUUGAUGAUUUUCUAGUCACAUUGUACUCCUAAUUCUAAACUAUGAUGCAAUCAAAUUAGAAUGCAGCUUCAAUAAAGUCUAUCACCACCAU